CAAACUCGGCCUGACGUGUCCCCUUGUCCUGCGUUGCACGGACCGGCCAUGGCGGCAGAGUGCAUCGGUGCCAAGGAGGACGCACACGAAGCAGAUGAUGCGCCAGAGGACGAAUUUGAGGUCACCCUGGAAUCGCUGCUGGCCGCCGCCCCCGGCUUUGCCCAGCGCGUCACCCUGGCGCUGUGCCUCAGCAAUGCCUCCGACGCAGUUGAGACUUUGUCUCUGGGCUUCGCUCUGCCCUUCCUGUCUUGGGAUUGGCAGGGGCUGGUGGCCGCCAGUGUUUUCCUUGGGAUGCUGGCCGGCGGUUGCCUGGCAGGCUAUUUGACGGAGACCUACGGCCCCAAGCGCCUGCUGGUCCAGAUGCUGUACUUGGAAGCCGUGGCCGCGUUGGCGACCUCUGGUGUGGGGGGGCCCUGGCAGCUGGCGGGCGGGCGCUUUGUCAGCGGCCUCGCCAUCGGCGCCGCGGUGCCGCCCAUCUUUGGCCUUGCCGAGGAGCUGCUCUUUCCACGGCAGAGGCGCUUGCGCAGCUUGAGCCUCAUUGCCUCCAGCUUCAUCUUCGGGAGUUUGCUGGUCUCCCUUCUGGCCUGGCUCUGCCUCGCCAACAACCUGGGCUGGCGCGUAUUCUACGCCUGCACCGGCGUUGUGCCGAUGCUGAACGCCGCGUUGGUGAGCAGCUGGGUCCCCGAGUCCCCGAGUUUUCUGCAGCGACAGGGCCGGCGUGCGGAGCUGGUGCUGGAGUUGCGACGCCUGGCGCCAAACGGCGCCUUCGACGUCGCGGGCAUGGCGGGCGGCGCUUUCAAAGUGGCCCAGGAGGCCAAUCACCUGCCGAGUGAGGAGGUUCCAGGACUGAAACCCUUGCUGCAGUGGCCUCUGCGCCCGGUGGCCUUGCGCCUGGGGACCAUCUGCUUCUCCAUCGCCUUUGCAUGGUACGGCUUGUCCACGUGGCUCCUGAAACUCUUUGAGGAGGUCGGCCUUGAGCACCGGUAUUUGGCGGCCGUGGCCUACGCACUCUCAGGUGUGCCUGGCUGUGUGGCCUCAGUGCUGCUGCUUCGGUGCCUGCAGCCUUGGCGGCUGCUGGCGUUCUGGCUCCUGUGCACAUCCCUGAGCUGUCUCAGUAUAAGUCUCAUCGAGUCCGGAGCACAAGGGCCUUUGCUGGCGGCCGCUUGCGUGUGUUUUUUCAACAGCGUCUCCACUGGGGUCUUCAACGUCUUGACCACUGUGUGGGGUGCGCCUUUCAGCCCCUCUCUGCGACCCUUCGCCCUGGGAGCGCUCUCUGUGGCGCUGCGCGUGGGCUCUAUCUGCGCUCAGUUCGUGGAUAGCGCGUUGCUCUCCAGCCACAAGGUGCCGGAGAUGACACUGCUGCCGGCGG